AUGGAUGACAAUCAAAAUAAUAUGGAAGGAGGAAAACCUCGUUUAAAAUUAGAAGUAUCAAAAAAAAUGAAAUUGAUGCAACUUCAGGAUGAUGCUGCCCAAAAAUAUAUUGGAAUUUGCAAAAAACAUGAGAAAAAUGAAUCUGAAAGAAUACAAGAUAAUAGUUCAAGAAUAGAAUUAAUGGACGAAAACGAUGAGAGCAGAUUUGAAUUUACUGAAGAUAUGGAAGAUCAUGAAUUUGAGAGAAUAAACCACAACUUGGAAAUUUCUGAUUUAUUUAAUGAAAACUCUGACAAUUUUGAACAAUGCUGCAGCAACUACGAUUCUGACUCAAGCGCUGACUCUGAUGUGGACAAUGAUGCUGAGUUUUCAAGAGAUACAAGCAAUCAUGACUCCUCAUUUCUUCAAUUCCAUAAUAUGUUAAUGUUUCCUCAAUCAGGUUUGCAAGUGAAUGAUGUCAUCGAAAUGUUAAUGGGAUAUUUUACACAGUUUGGAUUAACUGAAGAAGCAAGACUUAAAUUGAUUGACAUAAUUAAAAUUUUAGCAGGACCACUAUUUAAAGAUCUUAAUAUUUCAAAUUACAUGUUAAAUAAAGAUAUGAAUGCACCACCUGAAACAAUUGUUUUUCAUUACUACUGUCAAGAAUGCGAAAAAGUUAUUGUGCACUCCUCCGUCAAAUCAAAAAUAAAAGGUCAGAAUAAAGUUUGCCAGCAGUGUCUAAGUGUAAAUAAAAUUAACCUUAGCAAUAACAAAUAUUUUUUGACAGUGAAUUUGGAAUAUCAACUUAAUUUGUUACUAAAAGAUGAGGAGAUUCGAAAUUAUUUAAUAAAUGUAGCUAAAGGUAUUACGAAAGUAAAGGAGACCACUGCAAUUACGGACAUUCAAGAUAGUAAAUUGUACAGGAAUACAAAAGAUCAAUUUCCCAACACCAUCACGUACAACUUGAGUACAGAUGGAGCGCCUGUUAGUAGUGGCAAAUCUGGUACUCGAAGUUUUUGGCCUUUGUCUAUCAUAAUAAAUGAUUUACCUCCAGAAAUAAGGUUCAAGUACAUUUUGCUUGUCGGAAUAAUGGUAGUCACCAAUGAACCUCAACCCCAUUUGAUGAAUCUAUUUAUAGACAAAUUCAAAGAGGAAGCUAUUCAUUUACAUACUGCAGGUUUAACAUUAGAACUAGCAAAUGAUUGUAAAAUAACAUUAACAUUCACUCCUUUUUGUGUGAUUGCGGACUCCCCUGCUAAAGCUCUACUACAAUGCAGGAUGAAAUAUAAUGGAUACUGUAGUUGCAGCUAUUGUUACCAAUUUGGUUUUUAUUGCGGUAUUGUAAAGUUUCCAUUCAUUGGAAGUGAUUGUGAACAACGAACGCAUAGUUCACACAUGGAGGAUGUCGAAAAAAUGGAAAGCCUUGGUAAAACUGUGAGAGGUGUUAAAGGGCGUUCUUCUUUUUGUAAUUUUCCAAACAUAGAUAUGGUUUACAGUUUUAAUUUAGACUUCAUGCACAAUGGGAUCUUAGGAGUAGCAGAGCAAAUUUGGCUUUUGAUAAAAGCAAAAAUUUCUGCAUCUGAACGCCGUUCUCUUGACAAUUUGUUAAUACGCAUUCAACCACCCAGAGAGCUACACAGAAAGCCCGAAAAGUUAACAAAAAUUAGUUGUUGGAAGGCAACAAAUUGGAAAGCCUGGCUAUUGCAUUACAGUGUACCACUACUAAUGACGAUAGAGUCACUUCCAAUUGAUUUGUUACACCAUUACGCACUAUUUGUUAAUGCAAUGUUCAUCCUCUCAAAAACAUAUAUUAGUCAAAAUGAUCUACUCCAAUGUAGAUUAGAUUUACUAAAAUUUGUUGCUCAUGUGGAAAUUCAUUAUGGAAUUUCAGCCAUGACAUUUAAUGUCCAUUUGCUAUUACAUGCGACGGAAAAUGUGAUUAAUACUGGUCCAGCUUGGGCUACAUCUGCUUUCCCGUACGAAAGUAAUAUAUUCGUCUUAAAAUCCUCAGCAAAUGGACCAAAGAAUGCCGACCAACAAAUGGCUAAAAAUCGCUGCAAAGAUUGAAAUACAAAUUUAGACAU